AGUAGACGACCAUGAAGCGAUUGACAAUGUUGUUUAUAUUCGUCAUCGGAUUUGUUUGUGUUUUUGCUUUAGACGAAGAAGUCCUUGAAAAUGGAGGAGGAUUUUGGGUCCAAUGGAACAUUCGAAUGGAUGGAUUGCCUGAUUAUGCAGUGAUUGGUGGUAAAGAUCAAGAUGGAGACUUAAUUGUGAUCCGAGCAGUUCAUGAAGAUCACGGCAUGAUUGUUGGAAAGUAUUCACCAGCUAGGAAGGAAGCUACAAUACCUUACUACAAUGAGGAGCAUUUUAAAAGGAAUUUUGAGGUUCUAGCUUACAAGCACUACAUCUGGACGAACGCAAGUGACGGUCGAUCACUAAUAUAUGGAGUUCAAAGUCGAAAUAUGUUGAUUUGCAGAUCAAAAGUCAAUGGAUAUUAUUUACCAGGUAAAUUAGAACGAAAUCGAUGCUUUGUCUCAUCUGGCGGAUAUGAAUAUGAAUUUUCUGACUGGGAAACAUUAAAAACUGUUUCCACAGACAUGCAUCAACAGCUUAGCACAAUCCUCAGUUUCAUCAUCGCUCUAAAUUCAUUAAGUUCUGCUGACGAUGCAGUGACACAAAAUGAGACUCAACCUGCGUAUAAUCUUAAUGAUAUUUAUAAAGAAGCUGAAAAUGUAGCUGACGUCGGGUAUUUUGAGAGAUGCUACGGAAUUUAUGGAUGCUUUCCUGUUGACUAUCCUUGGAAUUCGGAUCAGAGGGCGCACAGCGUUUACCCAUUCAGUCCAUCAAUCCUCAAAGUAAAAUUCCCAGCUUUCACCAACUCAACCCGCACAACCCCAACCUUAAUAGACAUCAACGACCCAUCAACAAUCACAUCCUUAAAAAUCAACAAAGACCACAAGAUUUAUUUCAUCGCUCACGGAUUCUUAGAAUUAGGCAAUGCAAAAUGGCUGAUUAACAUGAUGAAUGAGAUCCUCAACUACGACAAUCAAGCUACAGUUAUUAUUGUAGACUGGAGAGGUGGUUCAGCACCGCCAUAUUAUCAAGCUGUUGCCAAUAUUCGGGUUGUUGGUGCUGUCGUGGCUCAUGUCAUUAUGGGAAUUGCACUGGAGCUAGAAAUGGACAAUCUUGAUAAAUUUCAUUUGAUUGGACAUAGCUUGGGUUCACAUGUCAGUGGAUAUGCUGGUUACUUUACACAAAGGGAUUUUGGGAUGAAAGUUGGUCGAAUCACAGGUCUAGAUCCAGCAAAACCCUACUUUGAGUUCACACAUCCAAUUGUCAGACUUGACACAUCAGAUGCUCAAUUUGUGGACAUCCUUCACACAGACUCUGCGACAUUUCAAGAGAAAAGCUUUGGAUUGAAGCAACAAAUUGGUCAUGUUGACUUUUAUCCAAAUGGUGGACGAGAUCAGCCAGUUUGUAGAGGACAGUACUUUGAUGGAACCUGCAACCAUAAAAAUGCUGUUGAACUGUUUACAGAGAGCAUCAACACAAAAUGUCCAUUUAUGGCUAUUUCCUGUGAAAGUUACGAAGAUUUCCUGAAAGGAACUUGCAGCAGCUGUAAUGAAGAUGGACAUGCUUGUGUCAAAUUUGGAUUCCAUAGUCAAUCAAGCUUCAAUCAGCUCAACACAACUCAUCAAUCACCAAUGAAGCCAAUUUACCUCCUUACAGCUUCGUCAGCACCAUUCUGCAAGAUUCACAACAAAAUCACCAUAAAAAUGGCAAAUAGCUCAGUCCAUGCUGGCGAUGUUGGAACUUUGAGCAUCAAAUUAAUUUCAAAAGGCAACAAAACCAGCGAAAGAAUCAACUUGAAUGAAAAGGAAACAAAAUUUGAAGCAGGUGAAGCAUACACAUUUUUUGUGACCAGCACAGACAUCGAAGGACCUGUCGAGAGGAUCUUAAUAGUUUAUAGCUAUGAGUUUAACUUGUUGAGGCUGAAAAAUCCUGAAAUUUUUGUUGACUUUAUUGCUGUACAGUCGAUGGAGUACAAUAGUUUGAUUAAGGCAUGUCCGAAAAAUGGACAGCCUUUAAUUAACAGUUUUGUGUCUGAAUUUAAUGAAAUGUUUUGUAGCUCAAUAAAAAAUGUUUAA